CGGGCCGCGACAUUUGUGAAUGAAGGAACAGAGGUGUACUCGGUAGAAGCGAGAUUCAGCAAAAGUACGAAACAAGUCUGUAUAUUUUUGAUAAGCCAUGGCAGAGUGUGAUGGUUUGAUCAAUGAGUGUCCACUUCUGAUACCUCAGAACAAGCAGAAGACCGUGUUUGAUGGUUUCAUUACGGUUAAGGACAAGGAGUUUCGUAUAAGGAUACUGUUACCAGAACAGAAAUGUUUGAGAAAUGCAAGACUUCAGUGCAGCUGGCAGUUAAAACAAGUCUUGUGUGGAUACCAGCACGUAGUAAAGCAGAGACUGCAACACAGCUCUGACCUAAUCAGUUUCAUGUUGGAGUUUAAGACUGUUUUGGAAAUUGCAUUAAGGAACAGAAAUGACCUGUCAGCUCCUCCUCCUCCACAGUAUUAUGCACAGCUUAUUAAAGAAAUUGAAAGUUUGGGUUGGGAUAAACUUGCUUAUAUGGACGCAGAGUUCAGAACCAUUAAGCUGAAGGCUGAGGAUUCUGCAGGUCGAGAGCAUAUGAUCACAAUUAAAUUAAAAUCAAAGUACCCAGCUGAACCACCUGAUUGUUCCACAGAUUUUCCUGUUCCAUUUGUGAUUUCUUGGACACAACAGAGCUGCUUAGUACACCUUCACAGUCAGUUUCUGGCAGCAUUGGAGUCACUGCGGGAAUUCUGGGAUGUUAUGGAUGAGAUUGAUGAGAAAACCUGGGUGCUGGAACCAGAAAAGCCAGCACGUGCAAUCACAACACGCAGAAUUGCCAUAGGUAACAAUGUUUCAAUAAAUGUGGAGGUGGAUCCUAGGCAUCCUAAAAUGUUGCCUGAAUGCUGCUUCCUUGGUGCUGAUCAUGUGGUAACUCCAUUGAGAAAUAAGCUGAACACCAACAUGCAUCUUUGGUCUCCAGAGUGCACCGUGCUGGAAAAUCUAAAGAAUAUGUUGGAGGUAGACUUUCCAUCCCCAGACACCCAUGAGAAGUCUAGUUUCAGUAUGGAAUGUGGAAUCUGUUAUGCAUACCGUCUGGCGUCAUCCAUACCAGAUCAAGUAUGUGAUGACCCACGCUGUGGUCAGCCGUUCCAUCAAGAAUGCCUUUAUGAAUGGUUACGAGGGCUGCCUUACUCAAGACAGAGCUUUAACGUCAUCUUUGGUGAAUGUCCUUAUUGCAAUAAGCCAAUUACCGUAAAGAUGACUAUCAAGAAAUCCUAACCACGGAAGAGUGAAGAUUCCUCAUAUAGAUAUUUGUAAACAAGAUGUCUAGUUUCUAAGAAGUUGACACCCAAUGUACAUUAAGAUGAUUAACCUUGUAUAUCUGAUGGUUGACAACCUUGAUUUGGUGAACACUGAUCGCAAACACUAAUUAACUGCAAAUAGUCAAUAAAUUCUUGUGAUGAAAAGAAUUUCAAAAGCCCAUGUAACA